AUGUCACUGGAACUGGGGAUCCGCGCUUCGAUCUACACUCUCUGCUUGGCAUCUGGUAUUCUCAAGACCGUAGUCCAAAUGAUCACUUCCGAGAAGAACUACUCCGAGUUUUGUCAGGCUGUCAACUCGGCGCUGCAACUUCAGGGCCUCGCACUGCUUUGUACCGCCAUUUACCAAACUUUCAAACGCCAACUCACGUUGUUCCACGCCAUUUGCGUGCUGCAUCUCCUCUCGUUGCUCGGUUUCGGCCUUGUCGCGCAGCGGCGAUAUCAAGGCGGCGGGCUCAAUCGCUGGCUUGUCCUGGCCGUCUUUCGAGUCAUCAUCGCCUCUGCCUUCACGGCGCUUACGGCGUACAUCUGGAUAACCGCGCCGACUUACGGCAGCCAGCCCGACUGCAACGCCUCGACUGUCUACGUUGUCUUCGGCGUGAGCAUAAAUGCCACCAACCAAGUGUUCCGCUAUGUGAUCCUGGCGUUGAUGGCAUGCAUGGCUUUCGGAUGGGUCAUGAGCAUGGUCAUCUACGCUGUCAUGGCGCAGUGCUGGUGCGGCGGGGUGAGUUCGGGCAUGAGAUGGGCGAAGCAGGCGAACCCGGACCUCGAGACGUUGAAGAACGUCAUGGGCCGUAUCAAGGUGUCAGACCCCAAGUACAAGAGGAAUGCUUUGGGCGGACAGGUGGUGCAGCCGUUGAUCCAUACGGGAAUCAACGUGUACAUGAUUGUCACGUUGGAGCAGAUUGUCACGCGCAAUCAUGUUUCGGCGGAGGAGAAGGACUGGACUUUUGGACAGGUCUUGGCGAUUUUUGUGUUGCUGGGGGUCGUGGUUGAGGUGGUCAACAUUUUGCUGCCAAAGCUGGAUGGUUAUGUGCGAGAAACGCCAGCACAAAACGAGAUUGAAAUGGUUCAAAUACGGAAUGGAGGGGAUAGAAGGCUUCUGGAAGACAGACCGCCGUCUAAUUAA